GCGCUCAUCUGUUCGGCUGGCUGAGGUCUGACACAGGAGCGCUCUGGAGGAGAGGGUUUGGGGAACCAGCGACUCGUUGCUGCUGUUUUCUGCACGGGGAGAAAUAAAAACAUUAGGGUGGACUCAAGUGUCCGGAUCUGCUUUUUUCCUCCCAACCCUCCUCUUUCUAUUCGUUUGUCUGUGUCUGUCCGCUGACUUCUCUCACUGACUCCUCGCUUCAGCCGGUUGAGCGCGCUGACACCCGGACCCGCUGCCUGGGGAAUAGGAGCGCUAUGAAUACCUGCUGCCUAGUUGUCUGGCUUUUUCUAACCAAUGAAUGGAAAAUCCACAUUUAGGAGAAGCAGCAACUUGGAUCUUUGAGGCUGGGACACCGGGAACACCUCUGGACUGAGACAUCCAAGUCAGUAGGGGACUGGAUGCUGGACGGUGGAAAAGUUUGUGCCAAGAUCUUCUCAAAAUGCUCUCUUCUCAUUAUUUGGAUGAAGAUCUGUUGUUCUGACAAAACCCUAACGUCUCUUUUGGUUUGAGCAUCUUGAUUUUCUUCUGAUCACUGAUUCUUAUCCUUUUCUUUGACUGACUUGUUGGUGCGGCGGCGUAUGAAAGGAUGCAGCUGUGGACCGACAGGCUGAGUGCUGCUCACGAUUGUUUGCUUCUCUAACUGUUCCUCCCUCUUUGCCACUUCCUUUGACCUCCUUCCCAGACAACCACUGGGGUUAGAGCAGAGGGGCGAAUUGAAGUAGAAGCUCAUCGAAGCGUAGAGGAGCGACGGACACGCAGAAGAAAAGAGGAACAAGUCCUCCAGCUUUGGAGCAAACGUGGAGACAUUCAUCUGCUUUCCAGCCAGCCUUCCAAUCAACAGAUCAGAGUUUUCUUAGUGACAGGAUCACGUUAAACCAAAGACGCGGACUGUUUGGAUACAAAGAGUUAUAUUUAGAAGCAGAUCUUUGCUUAAGGAAGCCUUGAGGAGCUCGUGAAGCUGUCACCUGUAUGAGAAAUACUUUCGACACAUGCCAUCAGCGACCACGGGACCUCCUUUUGGUCUGGAAGCCUCUUGACAAGUAGAGAAAGAGCCGGCCUUGGCUGACCCCUUUCAGGAUUGACUAAUUGCCCAUCAGGGUUAUUAAAACGGAAAAGCGCUGAUUCUUUGUGGAUUUACUGUCGACCUGCUGUGGGAAAUUUCCAUGUGGAUAUCUAAAACACCCACAUCCUAGCACACGCGCACACACACACACACACACAUAUACACUCACACAUUUCAAGCGUUGGUACAUGUCGCGCACAUAUACACCAAAAGCAUUGUAGCACAAACUGUCAAACACAUUAUCACCACCCACUUAAAAACACACACACAUCAGCUCUGUAAGUAUACACAACCUCGUUACACACACACACUCACUUGCACGUUACAUUCUCAUUAGUUUGUCGUUUCCCCCUGCGUGCACAGAGGAAUGGAGGUGGUUUGGACAGGUGGGGGGCUGUAGGAGUCCGACACCCCCGCCCACCGUCUGCCCUUUCCCCCAAAUGGAUGUUAUUAUCUAUAAAAUGUGCUGCUUGCAAAGCGUUGAAAGCUUUCUGCCGCGAUUCUCUGAGAGAAACAGUCACCGGGUCCGUGUCACGGUGCACAGCUGGAACCACAGCUGAAGCAGAGUCCAUUACUCAUCUCUUCUACGUUUUAUUUUCAUUACCUCCACCGUCAGCCCUCGCCCCACCGCCAUCAUUUUCUCCAACGGGUCUCUGGGCACCCCUCGGCGCGCUCCUCGUCCCAUCAUCUCCUCCACCCUGGAGGGGAGGGGGUCGCUGGAGUGGAGCAUGAGCGGGUGCCACUACCCCUCGCCACCAGCAGCGGAGCGGGACCGCAGGUACCAGCACAAAGUCUCACUGGUGGUGCGCUACUUCAUGAUCCCCUGCAACAUCUGUCUGAUCCUGCUGGCCACGUCCACUCUGGGCUUCGCCGUCCUCCUCUUCCUCAACAACUACAAACCGCCUCACUUCACUCCCGCCCAGCCUCCUGAUGGCUGCAGGGGGAUGCUGUGCGGCUUCGGCGCUAUGUGCGAGCGCGACCCAACGGACCCGGCCAAGGGCGAGUGCGUCUGCAAGAGAGCUGAGUGUCCAUCCUUGGUGGCUCCUGUUUGUGGCUCGGACUCGUCCACCUACUCCAACGAGUGUGAGCUGGAGAAAGCCCAGUGCAACACCCAGCGACGGAUCAAGGUGCUACGCAAGGGGCCGUGCUCUCUGAAGGACCCCUGUACUGACGUGACCUGCAGCUACGGUAGCACCUGCGUCCAGUCUUCAGACGGCUUGUCGGCUAAAUGCAUGUGCCCCCUCGGCUGCGAUGGCAAACCAGUUCAGACUGUGUGUGGCAGCGAUGGAAAGGACUACCGGAACGAGUGUGAGCUCCACCAGCAUGCCUGCAAGAACCAGAAGAACAUACGUGUGCAGUACCAGGGACACUGUGAUCCCUGUAAAGACAUGAGGAACAGCUUGAACACGAUAUGCCGAGCGGAGGCCAGCACGCGGCAGCCUCAGUUCUUUAGUCUGCCUGAGGCCUGCCCGCCUGCGGAUGAGCUGUGUGCCAGCAACGGUCAGACCUACAAGAGCGAGUGUGCCAUGACGGCAUCGGGCAUCCAGAAAGAUGUCAAACUGAGGAGGGUCCAUGCAGGACAAUGCAGAAGCAAAGAGGACUGUACGGAAAAGUGUUUGUUUAAUUCUGUGUGCGUGGUGGAAGAGCCAGGCUCCCGCUGCUCCUGCGAUCCCAUCGAUUGCGACGGCGCUUACAAGCCUUUAUGCGGGAAGGACGGACGCACCUACAACAACGACUGUUUGCGACGCAAGGCGGAGUGUCUGAGCAGGAGCCCCAUCCCCGUCGGACACCAGGGGCCUUGUGAUCUCAAUGUACCAAGCCCCUGUGUGAAUAAGGUGUGCGAUUACGGAGCACUGUGCGUGGUCAAGAACGCCGAGCCGGUGUGCGAGUGCCUGGAAGCCUGUCCUCAGACGCCCGACCCCGUGUGUGGAUCUGAUGGCCAGAGCUACGGCAGCCCCUGUGAGAUGCGGGCGAUGGGUUGUGCCCUGCAGAAGGCCAUCCACAUCCAACACAGAGGGCCGUGUGACGAAGCGUGCGCUAACUGCUCCUUUGGAGCGAUCUGCGACGCCCAGAGCGGACAGUGUGUGUGUCCGUCGGAGUGUAUCGAGUCCCACCAGCCCGUGUGCGGCAGCGACGGCGCCACCUACAACAGCGAGUGUGAGCUGCAUGUGCGAGCGUGCAAAGAGCAGACGGACCUGCGGGUGGUCAGCCAGGGAGAGUGCAGAACGUGUGGCGACACGGUUUGUGCCUGGGGUGCCCGGUGCGUGGAGAACAAGUGCGAGUGCCAGCAGUGCGCCGGCGAGGCGUUCUCCCCGGUGUGUGGUAGUGAUGGCAACACCUACGACAAUGAGUGUGAACUCCGCAGGUCCUCCUGCAUACAGAAGAAGAAAAUUGAUGCAGCGAAGCCCGGCAGCUGUGAUGAAGAUUGUGGUUCCGGGGCGUCGGGUUCGGGCGCAGAGAGCUGCGAACAGGAGCGCUGCGUGGCAUAUGACGGCGUUUGGGACGAGGACGUCGAGGGCGGACCUUGUUUUUGUGAAUUCAGCUGUGAGAGCGUGCCUCAAAACCUGGUGUGCGGCUCUGAUGGAAAGACCUACGACAACGAGUGUGCGCUAAAGCACGCCAGAUGUUUGAUGAAGAAGCACUUGAUGGUUCAAAACCUGGGGCCCUGUGAAGCGAGUCCAAUGGUAGCUCCGACCGAGCUGACGUCCGCCCAGCACUGCGGCCUGUCGCUGUACGGCUGCUGCUCCGACAACACGACGGCCGCUUUAGGAGUCGAACAGGCCGGAUGUCCCAGUGUCUGUCAGUGUAACAUCCACGGCUCCUACAAGGGUACCUGCGAGCCGACCACUGGGCAGUGCUCCUGUAAGCCCGGUGUUGGGGGACAGAAGUGUGACCGCUGUGAACCGGGCUUCUGGAACUUCCGUGCCAUUGUGACUGAAAACAUGAGCGGCUGCACGCCGUGCAGCUGCGAUCCCAUCGGUUCGGUCCGGGAUGAUUGCGAGCAGAUGUCGGGCCUGUGCUCCUGCAAGACGGGAGUGAAGGGCUUGAAGUGCAACGUGUGCCCAGAUGGAAGCAAGAUGGGCAUGAACGGCUGCGACAACGGACCCGGAGCCCCAAAGUCAUGCAAAGAGUUGGUUUGCAGCUUUGGAGCAACUUGCACUGAGGUGAACGGCCAAGCCCACUGUGAGUGCCCGCCAACUGACUGCGAUCUGAAAAACAAAACUAAGGUGUGUGGCUCGGAUGGGGUGACCUAUGCCGACCAGUGCCAGCUGAGGACCAUAGCCUGCAGGCAGGACGAGGACAUUACGGUGCAACACUUUGGACAGUGCACAGAAUCCAUCUCUGAGCUAGCAGACCGACCCACCCCCAACCUUCCCACCGCCGCUCCCAGCUCAGCUGUCGACACUGCCAUCACCGCCACCACACCUUACCCCAAUAACAUGGUGUGGGCCAUCCCGCCUCCAAUAACGGCCGAACAGCAGUUCAUCGAUUCGCCUCAAACCACCACCGAUUUUUCCACCACCACCACCACCCACAGCCGCGUACGAUCCUUCCACCGCCUUGCCACCCAGCAUCAGGGGCCGCAUCCCACCGCCGCUGCCAGCAACACCCCUCCACCCCGCAGCAGUCCUGUUCCCACCACCUCCGUCUCACCUGCUUUUGAUGGCUCAGGCAGCGGGGAGCCAAGCGGUGACGAGCAGGCCGACGAGGAAGAUGAUGGCAGUGCCGUCACAUCAGAGGCCAGCGGGGGAGACGAGACCGUUGGUUCCACCGUGGCAAACAUCACUGCACCCAGCGCUGAGGACUGGUCAUCCUGUGAUAACACAGAGUUUGGCUGCUGUCCCGAUGGCAAGACACCAUCCAGCACCCCAGAGGGCGCCAACUGUCCCCCCACCAUGAAGUUCUCUGGCACCCUGAACCUGGACCAGGUGGAAGGCCAGGAGAUUUUCCACACACCUGAGAUGGACGACCCAAAGUCUGAGCUGUUUGGAGAGACGGCCCGCAGCAUAGAGAGCGCUCUAAACGAGUUGUUCAGGAAGUCGCCUUUGCGCAAAGACUUCAUGGGGGUUCGCGUUAGUAAACUAGAGCCCAGCCGCUCCAUCCAGGCUCUGGUGGAAGCCCACUUCAGACCAGAGACGAGGUACACCGUGGAGGACAUCGUGAGGGCCCUGCUGAGACAGUUAAAGGCUUCCAAAGACACCAGCAUCUCCGUGAAGAAGCCGGAGGAUGAGAAUAUCCGCUUCACUAAUUAUGGCUUGUCCAGUACCGCCAUCUUUACCACCACCAUCACGACCACCCCUGCAGUUACCACCGCCGCCCCCAUCACCACCACCAGGCUUCCCGCCACCUCCCCCUACAUCACCCGUCGCCCACCAGGCACGAGCCACAGGCCCUUCCCCAGCAGACGCACCACCACCACGGCAGCGCCCGUCACCACGCCGCUCCCUACCACCACCGCAUCCGUCGCCACGACAACGACACCGCAGACCACCACUUUCAGCAACAUCCGUGGAAGACAUCAGCACAAGAGCAAGAAGCCCUGCGACUCCCACCCCUGUCUCCACGGGGGAACCUGCGAGGACGACGGCAGUGACUUCAGCUGCAAGUGUCCCGCCGGGCGAGGCGGGGCGGUGUGUGAGAAGGUGAUCAAGUACUUCAUCCCUUCGUUCGGUGGUCAGUCCUACUUGGCCUUCCAGACGAUGAGCGCGUACCACACGGUCCGCAUCGCCAUGGAGUUCCGGGCGUCCGAGAUGACCGGCCUGCUGCUCUAUAACGGUCAGAUGAGAAAGAAGGACUUCAUCUCUCUGGCGCUGGUCAACGGCAAGGUGGAGCUCAAGUUUAACACCGGAUCGGGCACAGGCACUUUGAUCAGCAAAGUUCUAAUCAAUCAGGGACGCUGGCAUCAGCUGGUAGUGACACGCAACCGGCGAAGUGCUGUGCUGAGCAUCGACAACGAGCCGCACAUUCAGGGCGAAAGCCCCCAGGGCACCGACGGCCUCAACCUCGACACGGAACUGUUCAUCGGAGGCGUGACGGAGGAGCUGAAGCAGGACGUGAGGGAGCGAACCGGGGUCGCCGCGGGCCUGGUGGGCUGCAUCCGCAUGCUGGACGUCAACAACCGGAUGCUCAACCUGCAGGAGAGCGGAGGCGACAGUCUGUUUGGCAGUGGAGUGGGUGAAUGUGGGAACAACCCCUGCCAGCCCAACCCCUGCAAGAACGCCGCGGAAUGCCAAGUCAAGGAGGCUGAGAUGUUCCACUGCAAGUGCCGCCAAGGAUUCUGGGGUCCAACGUGUGCUGACAUCCAUGACCCGUGUGUACCCAACAAGUGCCACGUGACUUCCCAGUGUAAGGCACUGCCUGAGGGAGGAUACAAGUGCGAGUGUCCCAUGGGACGGGAAGGAAGGCGCUGUGAGAGAGUGGCUCAGAGGAGGGGGGCUUACAUGCCUCUCUUCAGCGGAGACUCGUACCUGGAGCUGAAGGGGCUUCAUCUUUACGGGCAUGAUCUGCGCCAAAAAAUAAGCAUGACCGUGGUUCUCAUGGCCAACGACUCCAACGGUUUGAUCUUCUACAACGGACAGAAAUCAGAUGGAAAGGGAGACUUCAUCUCUCUAUCGUUGAAUAACGGGAUCCUGGAGUUUCGAUACGACCUGGGAAAGGGACCAGCUACCAUCAGGAGUAAGGAACCCAUCCAGCUGAGGGUGUGGAACACCAUCAACCUGGAGCGCUCCCUUCGCAAAGGAGAGAUCAUGGUUAACAAGAAGGACCCCGUCCGAGGAGAAUCACCUAAAUCACGCAAGAACAAACACACGGAUCUCAACUUGAAAGAGUCUCUUUUUGUCGGCGGCGCUCCCGACUACAGCAAACUUGCGAGAGUCGCGGCACUCACAGAGGGAUUCAAGGGAACGAUCCAGAAGAUCAUGCUGAUGAGCACCCCCAUCCUCCGGGAGGAGAACGCCUUGAACUCCAGCAACGUGGCCAUGUUCCAGGGCCACCCGUGUUCCCGUGAACCCUGCCAGAACGGCGGCCGCUGCACCCCUCAGCUGGACAGCUACGAGUGCGGCUGUCUGCCUGGUUUCUCAGGGGAAAACUGCCAGAACACCAUCCACGAGAAGUCCGCCGGAGAGACGGAGGCCAUCGCCUUUGAUGGACGGACUUUCAUCGAGUACCACAACACCGUUACGAGGAGCCAACUGACCAAUGAGAUCCCAGAUCCCGAGUCUCUGGAGAACCCAUCUGACCAGAGUGAAAAGGCUCUGCUGGUGAACAAAUUUGAGCUCAGCAUCCGGACCGAGGCAACCCAGGGUUUGCUGCUUUGGAGCGGCAAAGGCGUGGAGCGCUCCGACUACAUCGCCCUAGCUGUCGUGGACGGACACGUCCAGAUGACGUACGACCUGGGCUCCAAACCCGUGGUGCUGCGAUCGUCGGUGCGCGUCGACACCAACAGCUGGAUACGCAUCAAAGCCAGCAGAGCUCUUCGAGACGGCUCUCUACAGGUCGGCAAUGAGGCAGCAGUAACAGGGUCAUCACCUUUAGCAGCCACACAGCUGGACACAGACGGAGCCCUCUGGUUAGGUGGUCUGGAAGAGCUGGCAGUGGCACGUCGGUUGCCCAAGGCCUACAGCACCGGCUUUGUCGGCUGUAUCAAAGAUGUGGUGGUCGAUGGAGUGGAGGUCCACCUGGUGGAGGACGCCUUAAACAGCCCUAAAAUAUUACACUGUUCCGCCACCCAGUAACCAGCAGAGACAAAUACUGCAAGACCGAAAAAACAAAGCCCACAACAACAACAACAACAAACCCUCCCACCCACUCCCUCCAUAGCGCCCAUGUCUCCUGCUGUAAUUAUUUUCUAUUUUUGUAUACUUUUCAUUGCUUUUUAUAUGGAAGAAACAAAUUCAAUCCUCUAGUUUUUGUUUUAAAUAUUUUGCCUUUUAUUUUGUUUUUGUUUUUUCUACAUUUACUCUAAACAGUUCCUUUAAGGCCCUUCAACUUCUUUUUAAAAAAGCAAGGUAUCUCUGUGGGAGAAGAGAUAAUUUCCUGACAUUGGUUUUGUUUUUACCUUAAAAAUCAUGUUUUAGGUUUUCUUCACUCAUUACUUGAACGCAGUGGACCUUGCUAAUAAUCCCUGGUUGUCGCCUUGUCUUGGUGCCAUAUUUAUCCAACCACAUUCCCCAAGCAUGGCCCUUCCAUCCUUAAAUGUAAAGACAUGCAUUCCCUUGUGAGAGCUGAUUUGUUUUGUUCUCCUCAAAUAUGGCGGCCAGCUGGCAUUAAGAGUCAAGAAACUCAGUACUGAUCCCACUAUAUUUUCCUAAUGAGACUCUUCAAAUAUCAGUCAAGCUGCAACAGUGAGUAAGGAGGCUGUCCCCCCCCACCCCCACCCCCCACCCCACCCCCGCCCCCACCCAUCUCACAGCGUCAAAAUAAUAAAAGAAGAUAAAAAGAAAGAAGAAACUCUCCAGUCGGUCCCAUCAGAGCCUUUAGUUUUGAAAUAUGACUCACUAACACGGCAGCCCGACACGACGGAGAGAGCUCCGCGCUUCACAAUGACUCUCAUCUCAUUAGUCAUGAGUCCAUAAAUGAAUCAUAGAUAAAUGUUAUAAAUAUAGACUAUAUAAAUAAUACCUAAGACUGUGAAUAUGUAAGAUGGGUUCUCUUUGGAGGUCUGUGCUCUUCAUGUACUAUUUGUGCGUUCUGUUCUAAAAUCAGCAGAUGAACUAAUGUUGACCACUAUAAAUGCAUGCACUUCUGAAUCAGGUUUUUGUUUGCUUAUUGAAAGUUUUCCCCUUAAAAAAAGUCAUCUAAUUAGAAAAAUAUAUCAUUUUUUUCCUUCUUCUCCUAAUUUCCAUUCAUGUGAUUUUUUUCCAGAAUACAGAAAUUGGAUUAACGUGUUUUAUUCCCUGCAUCUUUCUAUUGUUCUUUUGCAUUUGGGAGCUGUUAGUUUUGCAGGAGCUUCAAACGGUGCAGGAGGGAAGAGUCGUUACCAUAUCUGACCUUAAGGAGGUGCUGAAAGCAAAGACUGAAGAAAAGGACAGACGGAGGAAGCAAGGAGAGAUCUUAUCAUGGGGAGAGCUACUACACUUGGGAAUGUCCUUUCAAUCAACAAUCAGUUUGUCAAACCUAAAGACAAAAAAACUUCCUGAGACUUCAUUUACUUUGUGCUUUUUAUCCUAAGAACAUUCCCGGAGGAACAGUUUCUGUUUCUGGCGUUUGAAUGAGAAAAGAGUGAUGAUGAGAGAGAGGGAGAGAGAGAGACUGGUACGUUCUCGUGACUUUUUGAAGCCAUAACAGUCGCAAAAACAUCAUCUUACAGUACUUGCAAGUUAACAUAGCAUGGGUUUAAACUACUAGUGCAAAUUCUGUAACAUUCAGUGGACUGUUGCAACGUGAAGUCGUCUUUGCCGAACGCAAUAAACCAAGAUGGCUGACUUAAAGACUUGUUUUGAUAUGAGAACCUUGGCAAUAUUCUAAGAAACCCAUGCCUGUCUGUGGUUGAGCAUCAAAUGGUCUUGUACUUUUGCUUUCUGAACUUUUGUUUUCCUCCUUAAAUCAUCACGCAACCUGUUUUAUUUUGGGGUUUUUUUGUACAGCCCUGCAGUUUUAAAGUGUAAAUUUAGCAAACGUGUGAUCUGUGGAGGUUUAUGUUUUUAGUAAUAUACACUGGAGACAUGUCUGACUUGUCUGUUCACCCAUAAAUCGACAUUGUUCUGUACACACGGGACGAAUCGCCCCAGAACUAUAAUUAUGUGGUUUGUAAUGGAUCUCUGGGUGUCCCACGAUGCUCUCGGAUCCCAGAACUCACCUUAACUUUGAUCUGGUUUUAUUUGAAUAAACUGUUGUUUGAAUUUGACCCAUUUGGACUUGGCAGCGAAUGGCUUUGGUGGGAACUGAAUUGCCUUAAGAACCUGUUCACCUGGACUGUGAGCAGGUCAUAAAGACAUCAUUCAUGUAACUGUUUCCUUACUUUAGCCUGUGUAUUAGCCUCAUCCCAAUUGUGUAAAUGAGUACUGCAUAAUGAUAAUAUUAGUAAUAACCCCCAUACAUUAAAUAAACAUCCCUGAGGGCUUCUUAAAAAUGUCCCUUUUGGAAUUUCUGAAAAAAAAUCUAUUUCCUGUUUUUAAACAUGUUAUUUUUGUUUGUUUCUUAUUUAAGUCUACAUGUGGGUAGUCCUCCAUGUCUGACCUCUGCAAACUACUGUCUGACUGAGCGAAACCUCGUUGAAGGGCAGUGCACCGAGUUGAGAGUGGCAUGACCUGAACAUUACUAACUUUAUGACCUUUGUCUUGUGUUCCUACCACCAUGAAAUAAAACGUCAACCAAAUGGA